AUGGAGGUCUAUAUCGAUGACAUGCUGGUGAAAUCGGCCAAGAAAGAAGACCAUAUCGGUCACUUGAAAGAAGCCUUCGAGAUAUUGAAACGGUACGGAAUGAAACUGAAUCCGGAAAAAUGUGCCUUCGAUGUAGCCACAGGAAAAUUUUUGGGUUUCCUUGUGUCACAACGAGGCAUCGAGGUCAACCCGGAUCAGAUCAAGGCCAUAGACUCAAUAGCUGAGGUUCAUUUCACGAUCCUCGGACAAGUGCCACAAGUUCUUCAAUGUACUGAGAAAAGAUCAUGGACUACAAUGGAACGAAGAAUGCAUCGACGCCCUGAGGAAACUGAAAGCAUAUCUGUGCUCACCACCCCUGCUCGUCAAGGCAGACCCAGGCGAAAGUCUGCUCGUAUAUCUAGCGGUAUCCGAAGUCGCCUUGAGCGCAGUCCUGGUCCGCGAAAAUAA